AUGGCUAGCUAUUCCCCUUGUCCACACGGCCAGAGCACGACGGAUAUACACCAGAUGGAGCAUAAACAACAUGGAAUCAGCGUCACCACAAAAGACUUCCAAUCCACGCAAAAACCCAAACAUGGCCCCAUACGCUCCUGGCUGUGGGAAAGCUUGUCGCUCGUCUUUGCCAUGGCCCUGCUCAUAACCAUCAUCGCCGUACCAGCAUACUACAACAACCAAAUCUUGAAACAAUGGCCCUACGAUAUCAGCCUGAACACAAUUGUUGCUCUUCUCAGCACUUUCAUGCGGGCGUCGAUGCUUCUUGUCGUCGCCGAACUUGUCGGGCAAAUGGGAUGGCAGGCUCUGCGUCAACCUCGUCCCGUUUCCGAUAUCCACCACUUCAACGAGGCGAGUCGAGGCAUACUCGGAGCAAUCAAGCUAUUCUGGUCUGUACCGCCUCGGCUGGUGAGCAUUUUUGCUGCCAUUGUCAUUAUCCUCUCUCCUGCAAUUGCCCCAUUCUCUCAACAAGCUGUCGCCACGGUUCCCUGUGCAAGGACAGUUGAAGGCUCGCAGGCUUCGCUCCCAGUCUCCCAUUUUGUCCCAAGCAGCAAGUCGCUCUAUUCAUAUACUCCGUCGGCUAAAGAAGUUUCGGGCGAUACGAAGGCAGCAAUGCUGAACGGCCUCGUUAAUCCCACCGGAAAAGACACAGCAGUUGUGGCAACGUGUGCGACAGGGAACUGCACAUUCCCAGCUUCGUCUAAAGGCGUCACGCAUUCUUCCAUCGCCAUGUGCAGCUCUUGUAUCGACACGACAGAGUUUAUAAAAUUGAACAUCACAGAAGACAAAUACAACGUCACCACAUACAAAUUCACCCUGCCGGACAAACAGUAUGUUUAUCCUUUAGGGAAUAAAUAUCUCUCGGCUGACACUGGACCAUUGGAUUGGGCUUUGGAGGGAGUCGACAACGAGUUCUCCGACUUGGCCAAUUUGGCCAUCACGAAUCUAACGGUUCUCACCACGAACCAGAGUAAAUGCUGGCCCAUAACGACGAGUGCCAACUUUACUUGUGAAGCUGACAGGUUCACACAUCGCCUGGCCAGCCAACAUGAGAUCACUGUGGCCAUAUCGUGUGCUUUCUACCCUUGUAUGAAAAAGUACCAUGGCAAGGUGCAAGACGGAACUCUUAUCGAAACAGUCAUCGAAAGCGAGCCUGUGGACUACAUUAAAGAUGAUAGCAAGAGACCCGGCGAGAUUCCUGACUCGGACAUAGCUCAAACAGGAAACCGAACUGGACUUGACCGAAACUGUCUGGUCAAAGGCAAGGAAUACACCAUGAGUAACUUCACUCAGGAUUACACUCCUCGAACAUCCGAAUUCGCACCCAUGGUCAUUGACGGGACUAACUACACUAUUCCGAACCAGUGUCUCUACAAGCUAUCGUUCCAAUAUGCAAGGGCACUAGAUAAUUUCAUGAGACUUGAGAUGUUCGGCGGCACGUGUAAUGAUACUGUGACUGGCGGAGGCGGUAUCGACUGCGGCAGCAAGUGGUGGCUUCUCCCGCUCUACAAUUCAACCUACGAGUCUCUAGACAAGGCGUUUGGUCAGUUCACCACGGCCAUGACCAACAACUUCCGCAUGCAGGCCAACACAGGCGGCUUUUCAGACAAGCCAGACAGAGUUGUCGGCACGGUGACAGAGAUGGCCAUCUGUACUACCUUUGACUACCGCUGGGUUCUGCUACCCGCUGGUUUAAUGGCGAUAACCACGAUAUUGUUGAUCUGCGCCGUGGUCCAGAGCAAUAAGGACUCGGCGGUGCCUGUCUGGAAGACUUCGAUUCUUCCGUUGAUGUUCUACGGACCUCAUGUGGUGGAUGCGACGCAGGAAACGAAUUUGGAUGAGUUGCAGAAGGAAGCUGGGAAGAUAAGGGUGAAUUUUCGAAACGAUGGGGGUGUUAGACUAAGGCAGACUGAUAGGAGAGAUGCGAGAGGUUAG